UAUCUCUAUGCCGCCUGCGAGCACGGCAUGUCCCAAUGAUUCGAAUGGUGGUGAGGAGAAUGAUGACAAUGGUGAUGAGAAUGAUGACAAUGAUGAUGAGAAUGAUGACAAUGGUGAUGAGAAUGAUGACAAUGGUGAUGAGAACGAUGAUGAGAAUGAUGAGAAUGAUGAUGAGAAUGAUGACAAUGAUGAUGAGAAUGAUGACAAUGAUGAUGAGCAUGAUGACAAUGGUGAUGAGAAUGAUGAGAAUGGUGAUGAGAAUGAUGAGAAUGGUGAUGAGAAUGAUGACGAUGACGAUGAUGAUGACGCAAGCAACUUACCCAAGUAUGUGUAGCGAACAUGCCCAUUUUCAGAGUAGU